CCGGCGAUUGGGAACCUGCUUCAGCUGCAUUAAUUGACGACUGCUCCGUCCCAGCCUUGCCAAUUUCUCAAACCGGGCACCACCACAUAGCACAUUUCUUGAGCAUUAUCGAAAAUCGUCAGUGCCCUCUCUCUGCUCUGUGUGUCGUGAGCUUGCGCGCAUGAGCCGCUCAAGCAUUAUCGAAUGAAUAAACCUUAUUUGCAAUGAACCCCCCUCCCGCAUAAAACCCCCCAAAUGUCGUCUUCCUACGAUUCGUCGCGCCGCCGGGGCGUCUGGAGCCACUGGGUUCCGCUGGUGGUGACCGUGACAGUCGCGACGGUGGGUGUGGCUGCCUGGGCCUGGAGCCAGCGCACCAACGAGGAGGAGCACGAUCAGCCGCCCCCCGACCUCGAUUAUGACCAUGCUGACUAUGGCGACAAUCCGCCCUACGGCGCCGGCGACAGUACCGACAAGAACAACCCGAAUCGCAGCCUGAACAAGGCGAGCUCGACCAUUUCGCGUGCCGAAAGCGCUACCUAUGGUGUCACCGAAGCACAUGCCGAGGCCAAUGCGAAUGCCGGAUGGGGACAACAGAUGUCGGGGGCUUUGCGCCGGACGCCUAGUCCCCAGCAGUUCCUCACCAACGCGGGGAAGACGGUUGCGGCCGGUGUGGGAGCCGUAGGAGCAGCCAUGGGCAGUGCGCUAGCCGCGAUACGAGAGGAGGACAAAAAUGCAUAUGCAGACCACGAGACGUGGUCGGAGGAGGCCGAAUCGCGGAAGGACAAGCCCGCUGCUACGGCUGCGUCAUCGCGCGAUGUUAGUAAGCAUCGCAAGACAGUCGCGGUGGUUGUCUCGGCCGACACAAACAUGGAUGAUUUCGAUGAGGACGCAUUUCAUGAACAUGCGUCCAUUCUCUCCCAUAUACCCCAGAACACGGAUUUCUCCAAGAUCAAGCUGUUUGUCUUGAUCUACUCACCCGGUCUCAAGGAAACGGUCCUUGAAACCACUGCAAAUAACCUGCCUCCAGCUUCUCUGAGUUCGUCAUUCUCAAUGAUUGGCCAUGACCAGGGGCAAACACCAGGGUCUGAAGCGAAGAGCCCACUACUGAGAUCCAACGCGGACCCAUCAUUCAAUGCUGUCUAUUCGCAAGCUCUGAGCCUAGUCGAGAAAGAGUCGAUGGUCAUGCCAUUCACAUCAGCCAAUGGGCACGUCCACAUAUUGCGACAUCUCGGUCCCGAAGUCGUCUACUUACAAGAGUCCCUAGCCGGUGACAGCGGGAGUUACAUCACGCAUCUCCAGACCUGGCUGAGGCAUGAUGUCAUUCUGGUCGUUGGCGCAGACGGUGGUCACGGCGGCCUCGCAGACAGCGAGUCGGAAGCAGAGAAGCCAGAAAAGACAGAGGUGUGGUGGCAGAAGGAAGACCGAGUAGGGCGCGGAAGGGGCGUCGUCGUCGUCGAUAGCUUACGGGUCGGUGAUGAUUGGGCACGCAGGGUACAAGGUCUGGAGUAGACUUGCUUGUUACGACUUUAAUACACAUAUAGCGCUUUUAGGGAUAUGAACAUGAAUCGAGUGAUAUGGUCAUCUCAUCAUUACUCUCUCUGUAUACCGAAAGUUGACGCGAUUGCAUCUCGGCAUUAUCUUGGCGUUUACCUGUAAUUUACAGCCUUACCCCUGAACCGGGGGUUUGAAUCAUUAUCAC